ACAAUAUAUAUGACAAAAAAUAUAAAUACUAGCAGUAUCCCCACCAAAAUUGCUAUUUCUAAUAACCAAAGAAUUCUGAAAUCUGAAUGCUGGUCAUAUUUGGAUCACUGUUUUAUAUUGAAAUAUAGUAGUAUAUUAUUUUGUCUUUCUAGGUGGUGGGCGUGACUCACAACUUACCCUGUUCUUCGAUCCUUCCAAACCCUACUUUCCAUCGUGAUCGCGUGAUUAUACCGAAAGCUUCUCGAGAACUUCCGUCGAGUUGAUUCUUUCCUUUUUCUCUACUCAAGAAUUCAUUUCAAUCUGGUUUUUGAAUCGGGUUGCAGCAUCGAAUCUAUCGAUUCGUCAAGGCGCAAGAGUACAAAUCAGAUAUCAAGGAUAAAAUGACAAUUGUGGAGGACCCAAAUCCAAAGCUUCCACCUACUUCUCCGACCAUUUCUCCACCAAAUUCCUAUGGAUCGGUGGUUCUAGGUGGCACCUUUGACCGCUUACAUGAUGGUCAUCGGCUUUUCCUUAAGGCAGCUGCAGAGUUAGCCAGAGAUCGAAUCAUAGUUGGUGUUUGUGAUGGACCUAUGCUAUCCAAGAAACAGUUUGUGGAGCUCAUUAUGCCUAUUGAAGAGAGAAUGAAAACCGUGGACGAUUACAUUAAGUCGGUGAAGCCUGAGCUGGCGGUACAAGUGGAACCUAUUACUGAUCCGUACGGUCCUUCCAUUGUUGAAAAGAAUCUGGAGGCUAUUGUUGUCAGUAAGGAGACAUUACCUGGUGGAUUAUCAGUCAACAAAAAGAGAGCCGAGAGAGGCCUCUCACAACUAAAGGUUGAAGUUGUGAAUCUGGUAUCUGAAGAAUCAAGUGGAGAAAAGUUGAGUUCAUCCACAUUGAGGAAGCUUGAAGCAGAGAAAGCCAAAAAAAAUUAGCAUACAUUUAUUAAGUGGUACAUAUGAUAUGAUAUGGAGAACAUGUUGAUACAAAGGAUUGGCUUACAUAAAGUUGUUCAAUAUAACCUUUUGUUGAAUAAAUUUGGUAUAGUGAGCGUACUUUUGAUGUUGUAUAGUUUCACUAGGGGAUAGGCCAGUAUGACCAUGGGCUUGAAGGUAUUUUAUCUUCAAAACAGGUCUCACAGAUCACGAACAAUAUAUAAACAAACAUAUUUUAUUUGGUUAUAUUCAAACAAAAA